UGUGACAUGGUCCCUUGUAUUAUGAUUGGUUUCAUGAGGAAUAAAGAAUAGUGCAAGUUUAAUUGGUUCUUCAAUUCAUGACUUGAAAACUAAGAGAGGUAGAUAGUUACGUGCCUGGCAUGCAAAGCUAACUCAAAAGAAAAAAAAAAAAAAAAAAAAAGACUUCUUCUUCAUCAUCAAUUUCUUACAACAGAAACAAUCUUCUUCAUUUUUACACAAAUUCAACCUACAUAGAUAUUUUUCAUGUUUUUUUUGGAUUUUUUAGUUCUUUGUUUGAUCGAUUGUUCAUCCAAAUUCGUCGUACUUCUCUCCCUUGAUUCUGCUUAACUUUUCAGGUCCAAAAAUCGUGUUCAAGACCCUAAAACUUUAACCAAGUUUUGAUCAGGCUUGUGGGUUGUAAGCUUGUAACAUUUUGUCGUGUUUAUAUCAAAGUACCUGCCAAACGAAAAGAGCAAGACUAGAUAAAUCUGAUUUUAAUCAAGUUUUGUAUGAAAGUCAAAGUAGUUCAUACAAAGCAGAGUUAAAGGCCAUCAGAAUGGCAUCCCUAAUACCUGGGGUGCUACUCAAGCUACUUCAGAGCAUAGAUUCGAAAGUAAAAGUUCGAGGGGAGUAUCGAUCAGUCCUCUUACAAGUGAUCAGCAUUGUUCCGGCCUUAAGUGGAGGAGAGUUAUGGCCUGAUCACGGCUUCUUCCUUAAGGUUUCCGACUCUUCACACUCCACGUACGUGUCCUUGUCCAAGGAAGACGUCGAGCUCAUUUUAAACAACAAAUUGCAAUUAGGCCAGUUUUUCUAUGUUGAUCGCUUAGAGGCUGGAACUCCGAUUCCUACUGUAGUCGGAAUCAGGCCUCUUCCUGGCAGAAAUCCUUUUAUUGGUAAUCCUAAGGACCUGAUGCAGAUUUUAGACCCGUCUGAAGGUCCUGUUCGUGUUGAUUCUCGUAGCUUUAGCAAUGGAAAUGUGGCUAGCAAGACACCAGAGAAGAAGGUUAGGAGCUCAAGACUACAUAAGUUUGUGAUUAAAGAAGAGAAAUCUGUGGUUUCAUCGCGCUAUAUGGAGGGCGUGAUAUCAACUCAUCAUAGAAUUAGUUGCAGUGAUUCUAUCAGUAUGAAGAGCAGUGAUACUGAAAGUAUUGGAGGUGGUAAGACUGGUGUCUCGAAAUCUAAGCUACAUGAGCCUAAAGGUCAGUGGCAGAGUCUCCCUGCUACUCUAUGUAAUAGUCGUCCGGUCACACCCUCACGAGCUCGUCCCACGACACCUUCCCGUCUACGUCCUGCAGUUCCCUCUCGCCCUCGUCUAAUGACUCCUACUCGAACACGUCCAGAGACUCAUGAAGUAAAGGUUGACUCUGCUAGAGAGACCAUACAAUCUCAAUCUCUUAAGGUUGCCCCUAGAAAAAGCGUUACCAAACAAGAAAACGUCAAUUUAAAUUACUCGACGAAUGGAAAGGACAAGACUAAAACUUCAGAUCAGCAGACAUCCCCUUGGAAUGCUCUUCCUGCCAGCCUUCUGAAGCCUGGAAAGGUAAUGAUUAGGAGAAGAGACUUAGCAUCCAUAAUUGCAGCAGAAGCUCAGAAAGAAGCGACGGCAGCUGCAAUUCUUGUCAAGUGUAUAGACAUGUUUGCAGAUCUAUGUUCCUCUGCUUCACCUUCAAAUCCUCACGUCUCUCUUGCAAAGUUCUUCGCGCUACAAGUCAUAGAUCAACCAGGCUCUUCAAAGGAUAAACUCCUGAUAUUACAAAACAAUUCACCAUCACAAGGCAAUGAUAAGCCUAGCACUGCACCAUCACUUUCCCACAACGAGAAAAGCAACAUGAAAUCCUUAAAGCCGGCACCUGAAUUAAGCUUGGGUGAUAAGUUCGAGUGGUCUAAAGGACACGGAAUGAGUGACAUAAAUGAGGUCAAAGACAUGUUAUUGAAAGAAUCGCGAUCAUGGUUUUUGAAGUUCUUGGAUGCAGCACUAGAUAGUGGUUUUCGAGUGGAGAAGAAAAACAUUAAACAUAGCAUUGGGAGGAGAUCAUUAGAACCUAAUAAUCAUAUUGCAGUGACAUUGUCACAACUUAAGCAAGCCAAUGAAUGCUUGGACAAAUUCAAAGUAAGUACGAGUAAUGCUGCACAUAAUGAUGAUGGUGUUUCACAAAGAAUUGAUAAGCUUAAGAAGAAAGUUUACGCGUGCUUGCUUGUUCAUAUAGACUCUGCUGCAUCAGCACUUGACAGCAGAUCAGAUCGUAAAUGACUGUAAUACAAGAUCAAGAUUUGUAAAUUACACUAGUUUUUGGUUGAUUAAAUUUAUCUAAUUUAUGAUAUUAAUUUAUUUUGAAAUUCAAUCUAUUUCUGAUGCUGGAAAUUCUGUAAAUUAUAUAUUUAUUAGUAAUGCAAAGAUGGCCAGUUGAAGGCUAUUCUACCA